GUUCGUAGUAGCGUCUAACAUCAUCCAAUAGCCUGUCACCGAACGCUGAACUCAACCGUUAAAGCACUGCCAAGCCUUACUUUACAGCUCACGAACAGUUGCAGUCUCACAGCUUUGUGUGUAUGAACUCGGAGACAGUCACGAGAGAUGGAGAACAACACUUCUAGUCAUGCCUCCACACCCUCGUUGACCGACUUACCAACCGAGCUGAUCGUACAGAUCUUGCACGCACUUGACUUCUUGAAAGAUUUGCUUAGAUGCAAACAGUCGUGUAAACUUUUAGAUACCGUCGUCGACAACAAUACAUACUUGCAAUACCAAGUACGACUCGGCCUCAAUGGCAUGCAAGAUGGCACUUCUACCAAGGGCUGGCCUGUCUCUGAUCGUCUUCGCGCUCUUUGUGAAUACGAGAAAGGCUGGGAUAAGCUACAAUUCAAGGAAGGCGAACUGAUCGAUAUGGAUGCCGACGAUGUCUGGGACUUGUAUGGUAAUGUCAUAUCACAAACCAAGUCGUUCAGCGGCGGUAGACUCGUAGCCACGCAACUCCCUUCACGUGUUCGCCGAGUGAGCAAGGAAACAUGGGUGCUCGAUAAAUUACCCGUUAGAUAUCGUGAUUUCGCCAUGGACGUCGCCCAGGACUUACUCGUGCUCAUGGAAAUAAGCGAUUUGUUUCAGGCUGAGACACUCACAUACUACAUCCACCUAAGGACGCUGUACGCGGGUGAUGCCCAUCCGUUGGCUAUCCAUGCUCGGCUGUCAUAUGCGCGGGCGAUUGACGCAUUCACCUAUCAUAUUCGCAUAUCCUCGGAAUAUGUUGCCAUUGAAUUCUGCAGUGUCAUGUCGAGCACAGAGAAUGUUCUCUGUAUCUGGAACUGGAAAACCGGUCAACUGCAAAUGGAGAUGGUCGGGCUCCUGGCAUACAACUUUUUGACCGAUCAUCACAUCAUGCUUAUUCGCCACAAUCAGGGCGGUUUGCACAUUCUCGAUUUGAAUGCAGUCUCUCCUGGCGGAACUCGAGCAGAGAAUGUCGAGUAUGUAUGCAGCUUCCUAUUCCCCCCUCUACAUUCAAAGCUCCAUGAUGUGGAAAUACGUAUCGACCCCGGAUUCUCUUGGUCUCCUGAUCCCAAGCUAGCCAUACCAUUCUCCACCGCUGCAGGGAAGAGGCUCGUUGCAGUGACUUUGAACGGGAUGAUGACAUUCCUGAUUCCUUCUGAUACAUUACUUCCUCACUUUUACAACCUUCCGAACAUAACUUCAAACCACCAGAUAGCGUGGAGUGACUGGGGUCUGAAAGGAACUAGGGCCUUCUCGACCUUCUCGGGACACUCCUCUACAUGGUGUCGCAAUGUCUAUGGGAUGAGAUUCGUUGAUCUGAUAGAGAACGACGAUGACACACAAACCAUAUUCAUUGCAGAUGUCAACCAAACCGCAGUUCGUAAAGCCUCGUUGGAUAGUGACUUGGCCAUCGGUUCAAAUGAGGACCCGGAGCAUAUGAAAGUCAUACUCCAUAGUACGACAACAAUGGAUCUGAAAUUGUUCAAAGAUCCUGUGACAACUUCUUUACCUUAUCGGUGGAAGGAGCUGCCUAUUAUUUCAGAUGUUCACUAUGAUGGUGCUAUGGUUACCGAGGAUGCAGUCAUUCUUGUGAGAGAUGAUACUCGCGAGAGUUCAAGUUAUCUCCUCCUUGAAAUAUGAUCAUAGUGUUCAAUUUUUUUUUCAUACUAGCGUACAUUGUCAAAGUUCUUAUGGUAUCACAUGUCACUUGUUAUCAAGAAAUAGAAGCAUGCAC